AGACUUAGAACAACAAAUGACACUUAUGGGAUACGCCUUAUCAUUGUGUCCAAGUGAUCAAAUUGCUGAUAUAUUAAAUUUAUGGAGAAAAUUAGAUGAAGAACAACGUUCAGCUCGAGCUCUUAAGGCCAAAACGAAUCUAACGGAAAAAUCUGUAUCAGAAAAAGUCAAGCCAGCUGUAGAACGUGUUGAAUCUGUUCUAAUGACUCCGCUAUUUCAAGGGGAUCGUCUUAAAAGUUUGGUUAGCAGUUGGCUAGG